UCCACUACGUCAUUGCAAGUAUUUCCGCUUCGUGGGCCGGGCAAAUAGCUGAAAAGGCAGGGGAAUUCCUAGAAAACUCCUUACAAAUGGGACAAGGGAUGGCCACAGGAAAACCAUUCGGGGAGUCCGCGGCUAAAGUUGUGAGCAAGGUAUUUUCUACGGAAAGUGCCAACGUCAAGGCCUCAUGCUCGUGGGGUCAGGAGGUUGCUACUUUUGCCGCUGGAUGCUUUUGGUCAGUCACGUAUCCGGAGCUCUUGACGGUUUUAUGGGAUCGGCACGACCCCACCCAGAAGGACAGGCAGGGAAACGACCGGGGGACGCAGUAUCGUUCGGCGAUUUUUUAUCAUUCGCCCGAGCAGAAAUCACAAGCUGAAGCGGCCAUUAAGCAAGAGCAAAAGCGCCGGUCGAUGCCAAUUGUGACGCAACUUGUGCCUGCAACGACAUUCUACGAGGCCGAGACUUACCACCAGCAAUACCUGGAGAAGGGGGGUCAGUGCGCGCGAAAGGGAGAUUUAACUCCGAUUCGAUGCUACGGCUGAGAAGUACAUG